GCGCGCCAUCUUAGGGUUGAUUCCUAGGGUUCUUCUCUUCCGCUUUGUUGGCCCACGUGACUCUGCUUCAUUCCCCAUCGCCCCGUGACCUGCACCGGUGGCAGAUCCACAGGGAGAUCGCUGGGAGCCCGGACGCCGAAAAUGGAACUGUUGACAUUCAGGGAUGUGGCCAUUGAUUUCUCCCUGGAGGAGUGGGAAGACCUGGACUCUGCUCAGCAGAAUUUGUAUAGGGAUGUGAUGUUGGAGACAUAUGGAAACCUGGUCUCCCUCGGACUUGCUGACUCUAAGCCAUACAUGAUCACCUGUCUGGAGCAAAGCAAAGAGCCCUGGAAUGUGAAGAGACAAGAAACAGUAGUGAUGCACCCAGCUGUGUCUUCUCACUUUGCCCAAGAUGUUUCAUCAGAAAAGGGCACAAAACAGUCACUCCAAACUGUGACAAAAGGAAGAUACAGUAUUUGUGGCCUUGACAACUUACACUUAAAAAAAGAAUGGGAGCAUGUGGAUGACCAUAAAGGUCAGGAUGCAUGUUAUAAUGGAUGGAACAAAUUUGUGACAGCUAAAGAAAGCAAAGACCUCACUGCCAACAGAGAUCAACAACAUACAGUAUUUCCUAAAACACCUACGUUUAUGCCUGCUGCUUUAAAAGAUCCAUGUGUUUUUGUUAGUAAACAUUCACAUCAAAUUUUGAAACAUGCCUUUUCCCUCAAAGGAAAUUUGGGAAAUCUAAAAAUGAGACCAGUCCAUGCCUCAGUUGAUCACUUGAAAAAUUUGAAAUGUAGGAUUGGAUUAAAUUUUCAGGCAUUGGUUUUAGUAAAUAAUAGAUUUAAAAAUGAAGAGCAAAACCCUAAAUUUAAUCAGUUUAGUUCAUUUAUGAAAAGUUUGUUACUCUACAAUCAACAAAAAGGUCUUCCCUAUACCAAGUUAUAUAAUUUUCACAAGUUUGGAAAGUUACUUACCCAUCCAUUAUUGCAUAGUCAAAACCCAGAUAUAGAUAUCUAUAAAUGUAUGGAAUGUGGCAAAGUUUUCAAAUGUUCUUCAAACCUUACUCUACAUAAGAGAAUUCACAGUGGAGAGAAUCCUUACAAAUGCAGAGAAUGUGGCAAUGCCUUUAAUAAUCGCUCCGAUCUUACCCAACAUCGGAUAAGUCAUAAUGGAGAAAAGCCAUUCAAAUGUGAAGAAUGUGGCAAAGCCUUUAAGUGUUGUUCACAUCUUACUCGACAUCAAAAAAUUCAUACCGGAGAAAAGCCAUACAAAUGUGAAGAAUGUGGCAAAGCCUUUAAUUGUUGUUCACACCUUACUCGACAUCUGAGAAUUCAUACUGGGGAGAAACCCUACAAUUGUGAAGAAUGUGGCAAAGCCUUUAGACAUGGCUCAAAUCUUACUCAACAUCAGAGAAUUCAUACUGGUGAGAAGCCGUACAAAUGUAAAGAGUGUGGAAGAACCUUUACCCAUUGCUCAACCCUCAAUCAACACCAGAGAAUUCAUACUAGAGAGAACACUUAUAUAUGUGAAGAAUGUGGCAGAGCCUUUAAUACUUUCUCAAGCCUUUCCAUACAUCAUAGAAUUCAUACUGGAGAAAAACCUUACAAGUGCCAGGAUUGUGGCAAAGCCUUUAACUUUCGUUCUGAUCUUAAUAGACAUCAGAGAAAUCAUAAUCGAGAGAAAGUAUACAAAUGUAAAGACUAUGGCAAAACCUUCAAUAGCUGUCCAAAUCUUACACAGCAUCAGAGAAUGCAAUUGGGUGAGAAACCCUACAAAUGUAAAGAGUGUAGCAAAGUUUUUAAAUAUUUUUCACACCUUACUAGGCACCAGAGAGUCCAUAGUGGGGAGAAACCAUACAAAUGUAAAGAAUGUGGCAAAGCAUUUAAUGAAAAGUCAAAACUUUUUCAACACCAGAGAAUUCACACAGGAGAGAACCCUUACAAAUGUAUGCAUUGUGGCAAAGGCUUUAAUAAUUGUUCAAGCCUUACUCAACACCAGAGAAUUCAUACUGGAGAGAAGCCCUACAAAUGUAAAGAGUGUAGCAAAGCUUUUAACAGUUGUUCUCACCUUACUCGACAUCAGAAAAUUCAUGAAAGGGAGAAACUCUGUUGAUGAAAGAAUGGUAAACCUUUAACCUAUGGCUCAAACCUUGUUCAACACUAGAUGAUACAUCCUUCAGGGAGUGCUUACAAAUGUAAAGAUUUUGGGAAAGACUUCAGUAAUUGCACAAACCUUGUUCAACAGAGUUAAACUGGAGAGAACUCUAGAAUUUUAGAGUAUGGCAAGACCUUCAAUGGGAGUUCAAUCCUUAUUCAGCAUGACACAGCUUAAAUUGUAGAAACCGUUUAUAUGCUGUGAAUUUGAAAAACUGCAAAAGUAUGCAACUCUGAACCUAAAAAUACUUUAAUUGGAAAAACUUUUACAAACACAGAAAUUAGCAAAGCUUGUUUGUGUGAUUGUAAUAUAUGUAAGGUGAUUAUUACUGGAGAGAAAUACUACAAAUACAGGGAAUGUAUUAUAAACUAAUUUGAAAAAAAUUUCCUAAACAUCAUUAGUUGAUAUGGUAGAUAUGAACUUGUCACUCUCAGAGAACAAAUGCAGGUAAUACCUGGCUGAAGGGAUAUAAAUUUAAGUGAUUCCAUGGUUUUUAAAUAGUUUCACUUUUGAAAACUAGUUGAAGAACAACUUUCAAAUAGAUAAUCGUAUCAGCAGAAUGUGACUGCUUCUUACAAGUUUUAAACUUUUUCCAAAGAAUAUACAGUGGGUUUUUAAAAUAUUUUCUUGAGUUUAUUUAUUUAUUUAUUUGUGGUGCUGGGAAUUGAAUCCAGAGUUUUUGCAAUGAACUAUAUCGACAAACCGACUUUAUUUUGAGGCAGAAUUUCACUAAACUGCUAUGUUGCCAAGGCUGAAAUUUUGAUACCUCUGCCUCAGCCCCGUAAUGUAAUGGAAUAAUAGCUCUAGGCUUAUUCUUGUAAGUUAUAUUUUUAUUUAUUUCUCAUACUUUGUAAUUACUGGGAAACUGUAAUGGUUAAAGGAGUAUAGUAGUAGGCUCUAGAUUUUUUAACCUGAAUUACAGUUCAUAAAACUUUAUAAUUGUUUUCCACAUACCACUUUUUUAACCUACAAAGCAUAGAGAACCUUUGGUAUUCUUUUACAUUUUCUGAGAUGUACAAACAUUACAAUCUAAUGAUGAACUUUACAUGUAAAAGAAUUAUAGUAAUACUAAUUGUUGGUGUGAAUUUGUAUGUUUCUUUUGUCUGUCAAGAAGGGAAAUACUGAUACAAAAGAAUAUUCCAAAUAGUUGAUAUUUUACUACAAAACCAAACGUCAUAUAUUAUGAAAACUGUUGUUUACAUUGAACUCAUUUAUUCAGAAUGCUGUUUACUUUGAGCUUUGCUUAUGAAAGACCUAGUAUGGCUUACUUAAUGAAAUUUUGGGGUGUUUUUUAAAUCCUUUUUAGAGGAUUUUAAGAGUGAUUUUUAAUAUCUAAUGGUAUUCAGAAAUCAAUUGAAAAUCUAAUUUCUCAAUGAACCUAUUAACUUUUAUUUAAUUGGCAUAACUCCAUUAAUUCUGUCUCAAAGGGAAUAUUUUUAAGUUAUUUUUAAUGUACUCCUUUUAAUUUAAUAAGUGACUUACAACAAUGAAUUUACUGAGAUAAUUUGUUCUGGUAAAAACUGGAGAGGCUUCAUAACUCAUGGAGUUGUUUCAGCAUCUGUGUGGAAAAAAGAACAGAGUAGAGCAGGACAUAUGAAGAUUCUCCACAAUUAAAAAAUAAUCAUUGUUCAAUAAUAAAUUUGGGGGGUUUUGGGUUUUUUUAAUUUUGUUUUUGUGUCAGGGAUCAAAGUCAUAACCUCAGGCUUACCAGGCAAGUAUUUGAGCUGCUGAGCUAAAUCCCUGGCCCCCAAUUUAUUAUUGUUAUUGUGAAUUUAUUGAAUUGUGAGAGAAAUAUCCAAUGUGAAUAAAUGGCAUUAAUUCUAUAUGUGAAAAGAAGACACUACUCCAGGCUACAUAAAUGAUGCCUUCUGAAUUUAAGAACAGGAAUUUUUUUUCAUUGUUAGUCAUAUUCACAAUGUCAUUUAUUCUGAAUUCAUGUAUGCAGCCUUGGAAUAGGUAUCCUCACUCCACAUGCAGAAUUAAUAUUUGAUGUAAAUACCCUGAUGCUUUUCCCCUGACACGAAGCAAGAAUAUGUGAGGACGUGCCGAGCUCUUUUAUGCAAUGGCUCCACUAAGUUGCAUAGCAUGUAACAGAUAGCAUGUAACAGCAUAGCACGUAACAGAUCUCCUUUUUACAUCAUCAGCAGUUUCCAGCUUUUGCCUUUUUGAUAGUACCCACUGUUUAUACUUAGAUUGUCUGUAAUUAUGGUUUUGAUGUACAUUUUUCUAAUGAUUUAUAAUAUUGGGCUGUUUUUCUUGUGUGAACAUUUCUGUUUUCUUGUGAGAAAUGCCUGUUUAUAUAUUUAGACAAUCUUUAAAUUGGAUUAUUUUGUUUUUAUUUUUUGUCACUGAAUUUUUUUGUACUCUUUGAUACUGCUAAUAAUAGCAAUAUUAGGAUGAAUGAAUAAUGUACUUAGAGUAAAGCUCACCAUGUGUGUCCUCAAAUUAUAUUUUAUGUCUUCAUAUUUACUCUUUCACAACUGUUUUUGUUGCUGUCCAUCAAGUAUUUAUUUUGAAAAUCUGUUAUUAGUGAGGCCUUUCUGGAAUAGCCUAAAGUUUCAGUCUUAAUCACAAUUCUCAUUAUCCAGGUACAUUACAAAGGUUGAGUUCAUUCAUUCCAAAAGCUUUUAGCAAACAGAGUCUGAUACGCACAGUCUGAAAGGGACACAUAAAUGCAGCCAUUCCCAUUUUUGUAGCAGAAGUUGAUGUUUUUGGCAGGAUAGAGCACCUGAAAGUAUGGGCAUGUAAAUACAACCUCAAUAUGAAAUCCCUCUAAACUACAUGUAGGCCCUUUCUUUAUGCAUCCAAUUCAUUGUUCUUUGGGCACAUUUUUUAAAAUGCUAUGGAAAAAGAAUUUGAAAGGUGAGCAUUAAUAUCUAAGUACUAAUAAGAAUUAGGAAAUUGUGUGCAACUUGAGUAUUAUAUAGAUUCGGGUUUCUCAUCACAAAGGUGCAUGCUCAGUAAAUACUGCAUUAGAAAAUACAUUUUUUACCUGUGCGGUUACUUAACCAUCUAGAGUGUCCAUACAAAGAAUCUCCCUGGUUGGUGCCCAUAUGUGUUCACAUGAUUUACUGUUUCUUCAGAAUAAUGUGGGGAUCUGGAGAGUCAAACAUAAUCACUUCAUUUCUUGUUCAGGAAACAAAAGAGCCAUGGUUCCUACCAUCCACUGUACUUCAUACUUCAAAUGAAUUAGUUGUUGACUUCAGCAUCAUGUGGUCGGUCAGUAAGAGGAAUAAGAUGUACAUGUAAAACUAUACAUUUAUGCUGACUUGUUUUUUAAUAUUAUCAAAUAGACAAAAAAUUAAAAUUGCAUAGACUCUUGGAGAGUUUCUUUUAUGCUUCCUUGAAAAAGAUCUGUUACUCCAGUGUCAUGAGGAACAGAAGCCUAGAGUUCACUCUGCUUAAACUGAGGUCUUUUCCAGUCUCAUCCUACACUUUGGUGCCCGUCACGAUCACAUCAGCUCAGACUUUUGUCAGUGCUUCUCCCACUUCAAGUGGGUAUUCGUAAUUCUUACAAAUCCAAAAGCAGACAAGUGGGGCAGCAUUCUAAAUAUGCUGAUGCCUUAAUUUCUGUGUUCUAGACUCGUGCAGCUGCUCCAUUUCUCCAGACCCAGUAGUUGCUCCAGAAAUUUCAAAAAUGUAAAUAUAACCUUAAUACGAAGUCCCUCUAAACUAUAUAUAGGCCCUUUCUUUAUGCAUCCAAUUCAUUGUUUUUUAGACAAGUUUUUUAAAAUGCUAUGGAAGAAUUUGAAAGGUGAGCAUUAAUAUCUAAGUACUAAUAAGAAUUAAGAAAUUGUAUACAACUUGAGUAUUGUAUAGAUUCAGGUUUCUCAUCACAAAGGUGCAUGCUCAGUAAAUACUGCAUUAGAGAAUACAUUUUUUACCUGUGCAGAGUUACUCAGCCAUGACUGCCAUGUUUGACCAUCUAUGAAUUUUAAAAGGCCAGCAAAUGUCACAUGUCAAUAUAGUGACCUAUCUUUUUUAACAUAGGAUACUUGGUUAUAAGUUGGACUGUGCUGACCUCUUUCUCUAGCUUAGUGCUACUGAUAAUGGAUUUAGAGGAUUUAUAGGGAGCUUGUUUAAAUGCCAGUUUCUGAGCAUUCCUCAAACCCAUAAAAUCAUAAUUCUUAGACAACCUGGAAUUCCAAGCGGUUUAUAUCUACAGUGAAGUCAAGAGAUACUAUUACUUCUAGCCCCAGCCCAGGUUUCCAAUUUAUAUCGCAUAACAGUUGUAAGAAAUCCUGUCUUUAAUCCCCACAGAUUUUGUCUGUUGGUCUGAGGAGAAGCAUGAAUAUUUUAUUUACCUGCACCACUUUAAUUGUUGAGCAACUAGAAUUAAGUACAAGGUACUGCAGAUACAUUUAGGACAGCUGAGUUUAGCCUAUUUCAAAGGCUUGUGACUAGCAGGGCUUGUGCAUAUGGUUUCGAAGGAUGCAUAACUAACCUGUGUUUAAUUCUAUAGCAGAAACCCGAAACCUAGAAAGGAGAAACUGACAUUUUGGUCUCCAGAUAGGAGCUCAUUGUUCUUGAUUCUCAACUAUAAGAAAGCCAGAGAGGGCAAUUUUUACUGUUGCAAGCUCAUUGUUCCUCUGGAUGUGUAAGUAGUGUGUAAAGAGGUUAUGCUGAUACCACUAAGUUCUCAAGAUUAAUGUUUGAUUUAUUGAAAUAAUCCUGUGUGCCUGAAGAAGCAUAAAGAAGUCAGGUCCUGGGGCAGGUGGCUGGCCAGUCUCUUGAAGUGCUGUGUAUGUAGACCAUCAUAACUAUUAUCGCUCUUUCUGAUGUGCUUGCCUAUUUGAGUUUGUUUCCCAUAUUUUAUCUUUUCCUUUGUUACAAUAGUCAAGAUUUUUUGAAAAUAAUUUUUAUCAGUAUGCUAAAGUUUUCUCUUGAUUCUAUCCACUACAGCAUCUUACUGCCAUGAACAAUUUUCACCACGAAUUUAUGAGCUACAAGUUAGAAAAUGUUCUCUUUUGAUAGUUAGCCAUGGAAUGUCUAGGUACCCUAUAGCUAUUGUUAACAGAAAUAAGACUUUUGAUCCCAGUGCAAAACAACACGCAGAGAUUCCACCUGGAUGCUCCAUCUAUUUUAUGUAAAAGGUCUUUUAAUAAUGCACACGUGAAAGUAUGAAGUUCAAUACUUCCUAAAAAGCUAAGGAAAUAACUAUUUGAAAAUGCUGAGAUUUAGGGGCUGGGGAUUUAGCUCAGCGGCAUAAGCGCCUGCCUUGCAAGCAGGCAGUCGUGAGUUCCAUCCCUGGUACCGAUAAAAAUGAAAAAGACAAAAAAAAAAGAAAAGAAAAGAAAAUGCUGAAAUUUAUAGGACAUGAAAGACAUUAUGCCUUAAACUUUAUGUAAUUUGUUUUAAUGAUUAGGUUCAGGUGCUGAUGUACUGGUAUUUAUUUUAUUGGAAUGAUUACAUUUCCACCAUAUAUAUAUAUAUCAAUACCAGAUAGCAAUACUUUUGCAGCUGAUUUUUAACUUGUUAAUUUAGUUGUUCUGUGCCAGACUCCUCCUCUGUAAAAAUAAAUAUUUUUCUGUUUAUCAUUUAUUAAGUAUCAAUGUGGUUUACUGACUGAAGCGCAUGUGUGUAUACAUUCAAUAUAGAAUGUUCCCCUUUUGUAAUUUCCUUUUGCUUGUCAAUUGCUUUGAAAGGCAGACAUUUGUUUAGUGCAUAUUAAGCAAAUGGAGUUUUUGUAAAUGGUGUUUAUGAAACAGGUCCCUGUCCAGUAGGUUUCCAUUUUAUGUCUAAUAACAGAUGACCUUUAUAUUCUUUGUAUAUUAAGAAAAAAAUACUUGUCCAAGUGUCUUAAAAUUCUAAAACCUAAUCGCAUAUAAUAAAUUAACCCAUUUAAAAAGCA